AUUGAUUUUUUGCCGUUAUUGCACUGUGAAUUGUGAUUUGCAAUGUUAAGUUUGGCAUAUAAAGUGGCCAAGCUGAAUUAUUGCUGUGAUAAUUGUGAGCUUGUUUUGUUAUGCUGAAUUUGCUACUUGGUAGUUGGAUAGAAUGUAUGGCAGGUUGAAUUUUAGAGAAAUGAGUUUAAUUGCGAGAAAGAAGGUUUUAACAGAUUGGUGACCCGCAUUACAUGGUGAAUGGCAGUGUUUGAGGAUUUGGAAGAAGUCGAGAUGAAAGUGUCCUCUUGGGUUGAGUCACAGUGGGGAUUUAAUACUGUUUGGAAAGGAAAAUGUUGUGUACAACCAUUGAAAGCAAUCAUCUUUCAAAGAACUCAUUGACCCUUUUUUAUUUCAAUUUGAACACGCACAAAAAAGAGACUGAAAGAAAGUCAAAAUCCUACUUGGUUAUGAAACUGUUGAACAUUUCAAGUUGUGAUAAUUUGCUUUGCACAUUUGGCAAAGGAGAGUGCAAAUAAUUUAAUCCUUUUAUUUCUCUGAGCCCAAAAUUUUAUGCUAAUGCACAGGAUGCAUUGUAUAAGGGCUGAUAUUUUAUUUUUGUCUUUAGUCUUUUAAAUAGAAAACUUUGUUUUCAUCUUUAAUGUGAAUUGGGGCAUGCGUAGCAACCUGGAAUUCAACAUUGAUUCUUCCAGAUUUCACCAUUCGAAAAAACUAUCAACUGUGACUUUUGUCUUCAAAUGAUUCUUAAAAGGGUCAAGAUGAUGUUCUUUGACUAGUUUCUUUUGAAUGGGUGUACAUUUUCUUUUCCUUUUAAGAAAGAAAACUGUCAUUAAGAUAUGAAACCCCCAUACUCAACAAUUUCUUUGUGGCAGGAUUACUUGGAAAGUUGGAAUGUCCAUGCUCUUCUUGGAUGGAUGUGCUUCUCUGCAUUUCUUUUCUAGAAUGUGCCCCAGCUUCUUCUUGUAUUUUUCCAGAAGAAAUAUUCUGAUCCGCCCUAGCCCUGCCAUUCUGCAUUCCCUCAGCAUUCAUUGCUUUUUCAUUCCUCAUGACUUUUGCUCAGUGUUCAAUUUCCGACAUGUUUCAACAUAGAAACCAUGAUGAUUUCGCAACUGUAGCAGGUGUUGUGGGUUUGCUUUUGUCUACAUGGAAGAUGAACGUGAUGCUGAGUAUGCUAUCAGAAGACUUGAUAGGACAGAAUUUGGCAGAAAGGGACGCCGGAUUCGUGUUGAGUGGACUAAGCAAGAACGUGACAGUAGAAGGUCAGGUGAUUCAAGAAAAUCAUCAACUAAUUCAAGACCAUCCAAGACAUUGUUUGUUAUAAAUUUUGAUCCAGUUCACACCAGGACAAGGGAUCUGGAGAGACAUUUUGAUCCCUUUGGGAAAAUAUUGAAUAUAAGGAUCAGGAGGAAUUUUGCUUUCAUUCAGUAUGAAUCCCAGGAGGAUGCUACUAGAGCUUUGGAUGCAACAAACCUGAGCAAGUUUAUGGAUCGUGUUAUCACAGUGGAGUAUGCUAUAAGAGAUGAUGACGACAGAAGGAAUGGAUACAGUCCUGAUAGAAGAGGUCAUGACUCCCCUGAUGGGAGGUAUGGUCGUGGAAGAUCCCCAAGUCCAUAUCGAAGAGGUAGGGGUAGCCCAGAUUAUGGUCGUGGAUCAAAUCCAUCUUCCAGACCAGAACCAAGAGGAAGCCCCAAGUAUGAACGAGCUGAAAGCCCAAUAAAUGGAAGAUAUGAUAGCCGGUCUCCUCCACCCCGAGACAGGUCGCGAUCCUGAGGAAUAGACCACCAGUCUGUGAAAUUGUUGUUAGACCAUUUUCAUUUCAUUCUAGUUUAUAGUCCAUAGCUCGGCAGCUAAAACUCGAACUUAUGUAUUGUAUUUACUGUUGUGUUUGGUUAGAACCUGAAUGUGCAAUGUUCAAAGAUAUUAUUAUGUUGCUCAUAAAGUUUUAUGGCUUUUCUGCUGUUCAAGUGAUUUAUCUGUUUAAUUAACCUUACGUUAAACUGACGUUAAGCCUGAUCCCUAUUGCUUGGGGUUCAUAUUUUGUGGAUAAAAGCCAAGUCUUGUUUAGUGACUUU